UCUGCCUCCUAGUCAUGUGAUGUAGGGAGAAAAAUAUCAACAUCACUGAGCUCUGUGUGUGAAACCGAGCAUUAACAGCGGUGGCCUGGCUUUGUGCGGCGUUUACGUGAAAUAUUAUUAAUUAGCGUCCACAAUACUAAGUAACAACCGGAUGUUAGCUCUUUGUUUUUCCGGUGUCACUGCGCAGGAUGGCUGUGGCUCCCUCGGGCCAGUCCUCACUUGUGCACAGCUUGGCCACACUUCUUCGCAAUAAUGGUGACGUAGUCCUGGACGGCAGCAGCACGCUGACCCUCCCCGCCUGCACCCUGCAGCAGCUCACCAGGCUCUUUGAGCAGUAUUUGUUGUCCAGGAGCCAGCAGCAUGGCUUCCUGGCACUUCCUUCCCAUCCGGCCGACACGUCCUCGCUGUUGCAGCUGCAGUUCCUGUUCGAUGUGUUGCAGAAGACGCUCUCGCUCAAGCUCAUCCGUCUGCCUGGAGUCAGGCUGGAGUCAGCAGUCAAAAUCUUCCCUUUCAAGUCUCUCAAGUGUUUAGAGCUGAAGAGAAUCCCAGCGCACCUCCUUGAGGGACUCCGAGGAGUUUAUUCCCAGCUUGAGGUCUUCACCUGCUCAAAGAGCCUCAACUCCCUGGAGGAGCUGCUCUCUCUGUGUGGAGGUGACCUGAGCUCUGCGCUGACCUGGCUGGAGCUCCACACCCUCAACUUCAGCUACAACUCCAUCGUCUGCCUCGACCAGUCACUAAGUUUACUAAACGUCCUGAAAUCCUUGGAUCUGAGCCAUAACAAGAUUCAAGAGUGCGGAGAAUUCCUAAAGCCUCUGAGUGAACUGGAACACUUAAACUUGGGAUACAACUGCCUGCAGAGGGCGCCAACACUCGGGCCCAGCGCCAGGGCCAAGCUGCACACGCUCAUCCUCAGGAACAACGAACUGGAAACCAUUAACGGUGUGGAGCAGUUGUCCUCGCUCCAGCAUUUAGACCUGGCCUACAACCUGCUGCUGGAGCACGCCCAGCUCGCCCCUCUCUCCCUGCUGCAUGGCCUCACCAGCCUAAACCUGGAGGGAAACCCGCUGUACUUCCAGAAGAGCCACCGCACCUGCACCGUGCCACACCUGUCCCCGAAGGCCGCCAGCCUCAGAAUGAGGCUGGAUGGAACCCCACUGUCCUCCUCUGAAUUAUCCGUUCUACCCAAAGCAGGUCAGCUGAUCAUCCAGGUUCAGACGUCUGUGGCUCCAACCAGCAAUCCACCUGAAUGCAGCAAUCAGGAGCCGUCAAGUGGGGCGGGGGAUUUGAGUGACAGCCUGACCGCCGCCGAAGUUGGGAUGUCCCGGUUUAGGAAGAAGAAGUCCAGAAGUAAGGUCAAAGUUCGGAGAGCCAGCAUAUCAGAACCAAGUGAUACUGAUCACAAGCCCAGACCCUUCUCCUCUGCACAGGACAUUAUUCUUCCUCACCAACAGGAGAUCGAACGCAUGUCCAGCUUCAGAGACCAGCUUGGGGAAGACUGGCUGAGAUACCAGCACCAUCUAGAUGGAGGGGCUCCCACCACCAUCAGCAGCCCAUACAUCCCUCAGACUCUAACCAACGGCGUCAGCACCUCCAUAACACCCAGCCAUCCUGGGCCUGCUGUGGAGGUCUCAGAGGUUCUCCCACCGCCGCCACUGCUGUCCCCGGAGUCAAACGAUCCGGAGACAGACUCCACGCUGCAGUGGCUGAGUCCGAGCGGCCAGCAAACCGAUUCCACUCUGGAGGCCAGCACCGUGGAUGGCCCGGUGGGGAAGCAGGAGGUGGCCGACUCUCACCAGUCCAGCCCCGACUCCCAAAGGUCUGCCAGGGUGUCGAGUGGCGGUACCAACCCAGAAGAAGAAGAUGAAAUCGGAGUUGACCUGUGUCGCCCCCUGUUGGUCGGCAUCCUCCCCACCGGAGAGGAGGCUGACGGAGAAGGUCAGGAGGGGAAGAGGAUGGAAGUGUUUCUGCGGGUGAAGCACGGCGUCCUGGUGGAGGUGGACCCGCAGCGCGGCGUGGAGAUGUCCCGGCUGGAGCUGGACAGCCUGGCCCGGGUCCAGACCACACAGGCCAUCUGGACCCCACAGGACGCCACGGAGCCAUUUCCUGCUGUGGAGCUUCACUUCGACUAUAUUGCCAAGUCCAAACGGAGGCGGUCCUACGUCCUGCUAGAUGACGACCCCCAUCAGGCUGCACAGGUUUUGAGCGACAUCCUGUCCGCUGUGCUGGAGGAGAACCAGCGGCGGGACUCUAAAUCCGGUCCUGCCUCCUCCCGCCUGCAGUGCCUCCGCUGCAGGUCAGAGUUCAGCUCUCACCUGGCAGCUGGUGAAGAGGAGGACGGUGGGAGUAGAGUGGGAGUGAUGCUGCGGGACGGUGAGGAAGGACGGAACAGGGAGGAGCAAACGGAGGCAGAUUAUAACAAUGGCAGUUCAGGAGCAGUGUGCGUUUGUCCAGAGUGUGGUAGUGACCAUGUGGUCCAGGUGGCCCAUCAGGCGGCGCCCUGCAGCAGUACGCCCAUCAGCGGCUCGCCGCGGCUCGAACAUGAACUACAGCCUCUGGAUUUUUUCCCACAGAGCGGCGGCAGUGCGGAGCAGCUUGAUGAAGUGCAGCGGGUCGGCGGCAGCCUCCUCCUGCAGUCCGCCGCCGCCUCGCCGGAGCAGAGCUUCGUCACGGCCCAGGGUACCUCCUUUUUCAUCGGCGACGCCCCGGACCGCACCGACAGCCAGGGAAAGGAGGAGCUGGCAGGAAGCUACCACUACUCCGUCAGCGGCGCUACGCCCCCGCAAGCCCGGCCUCCUGCCGAACCUGCUCCUCCAUCCAUCCCAAAGGAUGACUUGGAUCUGUUGUCCGAGGACUACGAGUCCGUGGACCAUCGGCUGAAGCUUUUCUUGGAUGUGGAGGUCUUUGAAGAGGAAGAGGAGCUUCACUCUUUUCUCAAGAUGUCGGCUGUAAAAUAUGGAGAACCGGGGGAGGUUCCCUCGCUGUUGGUUGUUUCCAACCAGCGGUUAUACUUUCUGGAAAUGACAUCAGACGUGCACGCGGUGUUUCCUCCCAGCAGAGGUCCGCUCACCGAUUGGCUGCAGAAGAAGGACAGCUACCCAAUCAUGGAGCUCAGCUACCUGGAGGUGGGCCUGGGCUCCCAGAGCAUCCACAUGGAGUUUGCAGAUGGAGGCGUGGCCUAUACUCUCCUCGUCAGGGACAGCGUGCGCUGCAAGCGUUUCUUUGGCCUCCUAACAGGAAUGGUCCGUGAGAUGGCCCACAAAUCUGAGAGCAGGCUGCAGUCCAUCUCCACCACCAGGCUGUCCGCCCAGCACCACCUCUGGCCGCUUGUGUGCGAAGACAUCCAGGCAGAUGUGGAGGACGGACAGCUGCAGUUCUUCUACAUCCUGGCUUUUGUCCGCCGAGGGGAGCUGUGGCUGCCUCAGACUGUGCUGGCCACCAGAGAAACCCUCUACCUGCUGGACGAAGAUCACCAAUGGAGGAAAAGCGUCUCGGUGGCGCCCGAGGACAGCCGGGCGCGCAGCGGGAGCAUCGCCGUCCUGGAAACGCUUCCGAUCAGCUGCGUGAGCUCGGUUCUGCUGUGGGCCUCGGACCCGCUCAGGAUGGACUUCGAGCUUUACGACGAGACCGUGAAACAGGAGAAGACGUGGUGCGUGCGCACGGAGAGCGCCGAGCUCCUCCAGGGUCUGCUGUCCUGGGUCAGGGCGCAGUGGGAGGCCAUGUUCGGAGUCAAGCUGCACACCAGUCUGCGAGACGAGCCGUCGUAAUGGGUCCAAGCAAACAAAACGACAAAAGCCGGAGUUUUAGGCUUUAGUCCUGUGCCGGGUUAUCGAGCGAGUCUGCAUCUUUUGUUUUCUCUGCACUCAAGUUUUUGCUCCCUUUAUGCUUGUUGCUUCAAGCCAAGAGCUGGGAAACGAUUGCACUCAUUCAUGUGGUACACAAGCCUGUAAAAAAAAAAAAGCUCUGCUUGCAUCCUUUUUCCUCCAGGAAAAAACAAACAAACAAACAACAUCCCCAGUGGAUUUUUCUACA